GCACCACAGAACAAUGCUGUGGUAUGAGGCAUAACAAGUAUUGUGAGUGUGAAAGGAACACAACAGUUGCAACAGUCCAGUGACAUGCAAAUGGUGUGUGUGUUUAUGUUUAUGUGUAUGUGUACGUGUGGGUCUCGAAGGACAGUAUUAGCUCACUGUCAUUCAUCUGUGAAACAACAUGGAGAACAGCCACAUUUUCUUGUACUUCGCAUAUGGCAGCAACCUGCUGAAGGAACGUCUGCAGCUCAAAAACCCCUCUGCAGAAGUUCACUGUGUGGCUUGGCUCAAGGACUACAAAUUAGGGUUUGGCAACUAUAAAGGUGUCACCAGUAAACGGUGGCGUGGAGGUGUAGCCACUAUAGAGCACAGUCCAGGGGACGAGGUGUGGGGUGUGGUGUGGAGAAUGAACAUGUCGGAUUUGAAGUCUCUAGACAGACAAGAGAAUGUGACAUUUGGGAGUUACCAUCCCGUGGAGGUGUCUGUGAAGACAAAAGGCCUGGAACUAAAGUGUCGGACGUACAUAAUGAACAACUGUGUGUAUGCCCCACCAUCACCACAGUACCUACAGGUGAUUGUGAUGGGAGCAGAGCAGAACGACUUGCCAAAGGACUACCAGGAGAAGCUGAGAGCAAUCAAGACCAACAUGUAUGAAGGUCCUUCAUCCAUGAUGGAUAAACUGGAGAAAGCCAGACAAAGAGCUACAGAGAGUUCCAACCACCCUUCUGACGCUUGACAUUUCCACAUAUUGCAGGUUCAUUUUUAGUAUAGGUUGCAACAGUGUAUUCAGCUG